AUGCACUUUCGACAGUACUCAGUGUACACUAUGGCCGUGACGUGGGCAGUCAUGAUCGCAUCAAGCGUCGGUGGAAAGAAUUCCGUGUCCUAUGGUAUCACGUACCCGACCAAGUCCGGUAUCAAGCUUUGGGUCGACCCUGCAACGCCGGCUGAUCGUCAGAGCUACAUCAGCUCCCGUGGUCGACAGUGGGAUCUCGUCAUGAGUGACGAGUUCAACACGCCGGGCCGUAGCUUUCGACCGGGUGACGACCAUCUCUGGACGUCUCUUGAGAAACCCGAUGGCGUGAAUGGAGCCCUCGAGCUCUAUUCGCACAAUAUGACCUCCACGCGAUGCGACACUGAUGGCACGUGCUACUUCUACAUCAAGUCCGUGGACGAACCCAAUACGAUCACCGUCUACGACAUGUAUACGCACCCGCCUAAGUUCACGGACGCCUACUUUUUCUACCGAUCAGCGAUGGUGCAGUCGUGGAACAAGUUUUGCUACCAAGGAGGAAUGGUCGAAACACGGGUACAGCUUCCUGGUGUAAUCUCCCCCGAGUCGAAGAACCCGGACUUAGCAAAUGGCAAAGACCAGCGCGUCAAAGCCAACAUGUACUACCCAACAUGGCCCGGCAUCUGGAUGAUGGGGAAUCUCGGUCGAGCAAUUUUCUCGGCUUCGACGAACCGGAUGUGGCCGUUUUCGUACAACAAGUGCGAGCCUGACCUCUUUGACCCAAGCUACCAGCGCAUCAGUGCUUGUGACGACAAUCCGGGCUACGGGUUGAACCCAAAUCAAGGUCGAGGGGCACCGGAGAUUGACGUGCUGGAAGGUGGCGGAACUUUGGUGUCCUCGUCGAUUCAGCUUGGUCCAGGCAUGCCUGAUGUGUACCGUCCCAUGUAUACCGACCCUAACCAGGAUCCACCCUCGUGCGUGUACAGGGGCACAUGUAAGACACCAGGUGCGAAUGCUCCUAGUGUCCCGACGGCUCUUUACAAGAAACGUGGGUACAAAACGUGGUACCAAGGUCUCCGGUAUUCGUCAAAUAACUUCUGCAAGCCAGAUGCCGGUGAACAGCAGUCGUACAGCUCCAUUGCGGCCUCAUUGAACAAAGGGAUCACCGAGAAUGCGUGCACGAACGACAUCUGUCCUGCCUCGUUCGAUGUUAAUGGUGAUCUGAGUCCGAUCGACGGCAAAGGUGGAGAUCGCUGGGGCAUCAACUCGAAUGGCACUUGCUACGCGCUCAUUAACCUUCACACUGGAGCUUACCUGUGCGAUCCCGACAACACAUUCCACAAGUGUGUAAAACCUCGAGACGAGGCGAAGACGCCAAAGUCCAACGCCAUGAGCUCGUUCAACUACCAAAUGGACGCGAUCUCUGCAAAUUGGCCUCUGCACCUCGGGGCGUACACGGACUAUGUGACGUAUCAGCUCGAGUGGGUCACUGGAAAAAAGGGAUAUGUACGAUGGAUGCUACAAGGUAUUCCGCUGUACGAGAUACCGGCCAAGUCGAUCUGGGAUGUCCCGCAGAAUGCGAGUAGAACGAACCCGGAGAAACUGAUGCUGGAGGAGCCCAUGUACAUCAUCUUCAACGUGGCUCUCUCGAAGGAGUGGAGUGCGGCGCCUCCGAACCCAGGAAAAGAGUGUCGUGGGGAUGGUAAGGAUGCAGUUGCAAAUUCGAUCUGCGAUGCGUUUCCGCUGUACUUGAAGAUGGACUACGUUCGCCUGUACCAGGACAUGGGAGACGAUUUGGACGACGACAACUAUAUGCAACUUGGCUGCGACCCCAAAAGCCAUCCGACGAAGAAAUGGAUUGAUGCGCACAUGGACGAGUAUCAAGAUGAUGACAAUCCUCACAGGGAGGUAGCCGGCAAGGCUUUUUGCACCAUAAACGACGAUUGCACGAUUGUGGGAGGUGUGGGAAAGAGGGUGUUGAAAACCGGAAAGUGUGUCAAAGGACGCUGUCAUUGCCUAUAUCCGAUGGCAUGGGGUGGACCUCGCUGUACCACGGCCAUAUCCGGUUCCUCUGGUGUCCAUGCCAAAAGGAUUUCUAUCUCUACUAACGCGUACGGACCUGCUUUUGGCAUGUCGAUUAGCGUCGGGGGCAUCAUGAUGCUCAUGACAUGCUUUUUUGUCGUAGCAUCGGUGAAAAGGGAGAAAAGAGCUGCGGCGUUGUUGAAAAAUCAGAUCAAGUUUUUUCCGAAUAUGAGCAAUCGACUGCGCUCGAAUGACACCUCGAUCAAAUAUGGCGAGCCAUCCACCAGUGCCCGUGGAAAUGCUUAUCACCUGCAGCAAGACAACUAUAGUCAGAAUUUCGUCUGA